AUGUCUUCCACUACCAUGGACAAGCCCACGGAUAACGAGGAAAAAGAUCUCUUCGACUCUGACUCCGAGGAGGAGGAUCCUGCCGUUGUCGCUGAGCGAAACAAGCGCCUCGAGGAAUACAAGGCCAAGAAGGCCGCUAAGCCCCCCAAGCCUGCCGCUAAGUCUCUGGUUACCCUGGAUGUCAAGCCCUGGGAUGAUGAAACAAACAUGGAGGAGCUCGAGGCCAAUGUCCGCGCCAUCGAAGUCGAGGGCCUUGUGUGGGGUGGCUCCCAGCUCGUUGAUAUCGGCUUUGGUAUCAAGAAGCUCCAGAUCAAUCUAGUCGUCGAGGACGACAAGGUAUCUCUUGAUGCGCUCUACGCCCAGAUUGAAGAAGAUGAGGAUCAUGUCCAGUCUACCGAUGUGGCUGCCAUGCAAAAGUUAUGA